AUGGAUGAUUUGCUUAUAACUGGAAGCAAUGCAGAGUUGAUAGGGGAGGCUAAACAGACUUUACACAGCUCUUUCAAGGUGAAGGACUUAGGAGAACUUCGUUAUUUCCUUGGAAUAGAAGUUCUGAGAUCAAAGAAAGGGAUACUGCUCACACAAAGAAAGUAUGCUUUGCAAUUGAUCUCAGAAGCUGGCCUUGCAGCAGCCAAACCAAUCUCUACUCCCAUUGAACUUAAUCAGAAAUUGACUACAAUUGACUAUGACAAGCAUGUAGGUGUCAAAGGGGAAGGGGAACUGGCGGACAUUGGAAGCUAUCAAAGACUUAUUGGGAAGCUACUCUACUUAACCAUCACUAGACCAGACCUCAGCUUUGCAGUUCAAGUGCUUAGCCAAUUCAUGCAACACCCCAAACAAUCCCAUUGGAAUGCAGCAUUACGUGUAGUCAGAUAUGUGAAAUCAGCUCCUGGCUUGGAAUUUUGUUAA